GCCUAGAACUAGUUUUACCGCGUCCGCCGGACGGCCAACUUGUUCUGGUAUUAAAGGACAAUUCAUGAUUACUAGAGGAAUAUAUGAUAACUAGAGCAAAAUGCGUGGUGAUCAGGCAUAUCUUGAGAAGGAAACGGCAUUGAAAAAAGUCAAUCAGAUUGGAAAGGUGUAUCACAUCUCCACACAGUACCCGAUAUUUCCACUUCCCCAACCUUUUCGUGAGAUUUUUAAAUUAAGAUUACUUCAUCACUGGGGAUUUUAUCAGCCUUGUAUGGAAUUCUCCAAAGAUUUUUUCAAAUGUGCAUAUGAAGUUGGAAGGGGUUUAGAGUAUAAGGAGUGUUGGAAAGAAUUCUUGGAUAUGAGGGAGUGUGAGCUGUCUAUCAAAACAAGAGCUCGGAUGGUGGCGCUUGAUCAUCAGAGACAGGAACAGGGCAAAGACUUUGUGGAGAAACCCCCAAGGCAUAUAUUUGCAAGACCAAGCCUCACAUUUCUGAGGGAGAAAAAGUUGUAAAUAUCUGUGUUGACAGUGAAUUUAUGUAAUUAAAAAAAAUGCUUGUUACUGAUAGAUAACAUAAUUAUGAAUAAAGUCAUUGAAAAACAAA